AUGCAGUUAGGGAAGGAAGAGCCUCCCACCUCCUACGCUCUUGUGACUUGGGAACUUGCCCACAUUCCAUUCCGACCCCCUCGCAGCAGUCCGCCGUCGACGAGUCGCGCUCCAGUCAGUAGUCAGAGCGAGUCCGUCGUCGACCUGUCAGGACGCGACGGGCACGGCGAUCAUUUGCUGUCUUUCGCCGCAAUCUUCCUCGUCGGCAUCGUCUUGAAUUUUCUUGUCCUGGCCGCAAUCGCUCGCGACCUUCGGCUCCGGACGGUGACGAAUCUCUUCAUUGCCAACGUCGCUCUCGCCGACAUCCUCGUCCUUCUCCUCUGCGUUCCCAACGACGUCGUCGUGGGAAUUUUCUACGGUACGCUCCACGUAUCCAAUUAA